AUGGGUCCCCGGAAUCGGAAAGCAAAAAAUGCUGCGAAUGCGAUAAUGUAAUGUUCAAUGCUAUAAUUUCCUAAACUAAUUUUAUUUUACAGAAAAGAAAUUUUUGAUCAUAGUCUUAAAAGCAACCAGUACGUUCAUCGUGAGGAUCUCUACAACAAGAGUUACGUCCCUAACGCGCAAAGAAGAGUGAAUUGAAAGUUUCGACUUAAAAAAGGUGUUUUUACAGUAUAAUUCCAAACGUCGUCACAGAAAUUUUCCGAAAAACCAACCUUCAACCUCGGCGCAAGCGGAGUUUGACCCCGUGUUUUUCGAGUCGAUCCGAACAAUCGACAUUUACAGGAAAGCCGAAACCCAGAAGUACUUUGAAAGUAUUCGAAUGUUAGUUUCUUGAUUACUUUUCAACAACAAAAACUAUUUUCAGUCACGCUCAAACGAAUCAAGGCUCAGUUCAUCUAACAACUGGAUAUCAAAAAGAUACGGUUGAAUUGGUUACUGUAGCGGAGGAAAGAAAAUCGCCGGAGGGAGAAGUUAUACAGCAAGCCGUUAAAAGUGUUAAAUUCCUAUUUUAAAAUCAACUUAUCAAUUUUUCAGGAAAGCACAUUAUUUUUGGCGCUGCGAGUGAUGAUGAAGGCGAUGAGCCGAAUGAAAAACGUUCUAACAUAGACCCUCCGACCACGGAAAACGUUUUUAAAACGGGAAAUAAUUGAAAGAAAAAUGUUUCAGGCAAAUAUUUCUUCAAUUAACGUAUCCGGAUUUUCCAAUGACUCGCAGAUUUCGGUAAGAUUAUUCUAUCAUAUUUUGCAAAAUUGAAUUUUUAGGUUGAUGAUUUGGAAGAAAUCGACAGUGCUGGAGAGGAGAACAAUGAAGAACUAGUAGUGAUUACUCUAUCGGAUAAUUCUGGUAUUUUGAACUUUUUUUCGUUUUAUAACAGAAAAAAAGUUGCAGAUGACGAAUCUGAAAGUUCUAAAUCAAAAAUGGGUGUUUACUAUAACGCUUCAGUGGUAAGUAUUAUUCUACGUUUAAAAAUAUGUAAAAAAAAAAAACAUUUUAGGCUGAUUCCGCUGGGCGACGGCUUCAAUACGCCGUCAAAAGUGAGACAAAGUCUCUGGAAGUGCUUUGCAAACAGGCCUGGGAUCAUACCAAAAGUAGCAUCCAAGUGCGAGAAUUUUCCAAUUUUUGAAAAUGAAAAUUAUUUUUCAGAAAAAGGACAACUUGGACUGUAAAAUGCGUGCUCGCCAAGAACUGCAACAGUUUUUCAAGCAGGUUUUUUCGAACGCAAAAAUUAUCAAGUUUUAUAUUGUUUUAGGCUCUCCUCAACAACAACUUGAUGUUGUUCGCUGUCGGCUCUACGGUGAAUGGCUGUGGUUCCUACAAUUCCGAUGUGGACCUUUGUCUUUUCACGCCUUCUGAAAAUCCUCUGCCAUUGAAAAAAAUGCCUCCACCGGAUCGCAAGUGAGAGAAGAAUCUAGUAACAAAUUAAGAAAUUCGAUCAGAGAAAUGCCAGUUUUGAGUACAUUUUUUCGAAGUUCGACGGUUUGAAUCAAAAAGGAAAUGAUUUAUAUUCUAGAGCUUCUCUCAAAAUUCUGCAAAGGAUUCGAAAAGCCUACAACAAGUCGCCUUUCCGGUCGAGAAUCAAGCAAAUCACUGAAAAAUGGGAAGUCAUCCCGGCCAAGGUCCCAAAAAGUUUGAUGAAAAGGAACAAUUUGUUUUUUUCAAGGUGCCAAUCAUAAAGAUGCAUUUGCGGGCCCCCUAUAAUGAGCUCGAAGUCGAUAUAAAUGUCAAUAAUGUGGCUGGCAUCUACAAUUCUCACCUCAUUCAUUACUAUUCACAGUAAGGGUUGUGAAAAUACUGAAGAUAAAGUUGGAAAGGUCAUUCAGCUUUUUCCCGUAGUAAAAAUUUCAGAAAAAUUUUUUUAAUCAAUUUUUUUCGUGAUUUUUCAAAUUCCUGGAAGCUGAAGCAAUCCCUAAAGAGUUACAAAAAAACAAAAACACAAAAACUUUGCAGCCUUUCUGAAAUUAAAAAUUCGUUCAAAAAAACUUCAAGAAAUAGCUUUUCUGAAAAUGUUUUUAUACAAGGGUCGACGUGAGGUGUUCUGGCCUGGCUUUGCUUGUGAAGCACUGGGCGAUUCGGAACCGUAUCAAUGACGCAAUGCAUGGCACAUUAAAUAGGUAAAAACCUAAUGUUUUGAAAAUAAUAAGACUCACUUUUUAGUUACUCCUUGAUUUUGAUGGUUGUGCAUUACUUGCAGUGCGGCGUUCAGCCUGCAGUUUUGCCCAAUUUGCAGGUUUUCCUUUAUUUUAAGCUCCUCCAAAAAAGAACUUAUUUCCAGCACCUCUUCCCGCACCUUUUCUCAUCGGAUACGCCGCUCGAACAGUUGGUCUUGUUCCAAAAAAACUGGACAUUCCUGGUUUUGAUUUUUUUUCUUUUUUUAAAGAAUGAAGAAUAUGAUUUUAUUGAAAUUUAGAUCGUCCAGAGAAUAAAAAUGACGCUGGGCGAGCUUCUGGUUGGAUUUUUCCACUAUUUCGCCAUCUUUAACUUCAAUAAGAACGCGAUUUCCAUCCGUCACGGACGAGCUUUGCCGAAGUGUGUAUCAUUAAAUUAAACAUGAUUAAGUUAGUGGGGAAAAAAAUUGAAAAUUUAUUUGAUUCUCGCGGAAUCAAACUCUUACACUUCUGGAUAAUGAUACUGAUUCCAUCAAAAAUAAUUUAAACCUUAAAAGGAGAACUGAAAAAACAGCGUAAAGCUUAACUUGAAAAAAAGGCUAAAUUUAUUGCGAAAAAUAUGUGUGAGAAGUCAAACUUGACCUUUUCGGCCAUGAUUGAGGUUUCCACCAAUCAACUUUCAACUUCUUGAAAAAAAAAAUUUUUUUGACUUUUCGAAGUUUCACAGUGUUAACGAAAUUUUCAAAUCAAUGUUCUUAUAAAAAAAGUGUCAAUUAUUCAGGCAUAGCGGAAAUUGAAUUCAAAAAUAAUGUUUUUUUUACAGACAAGGCGCCAGCCACAUCUACAUUGAGGAGCCUUUCGAUGGCGGAAAUACGGCGAGGUUCGACAAAAAUCAAGUUUUCCAAUUCUAAAUUGAACUAUUUUAGAGCCGUUUGCCGAAUCGAAGGCUUCAGGCAAAUUGUCAACGCAUUCCAAAUGGCAUCCAACGUGUUUCUGAAGCCCCGGUUCACGCUUAGCGACAUCAGAGUGUUUGCUUGA